UUUUUGUUUUUUUUUAAAUCAUUUUCAGCGGGAGAAAAGUAUUUGUAGCGAAGAAGAAUGAUAAAGGAUGUUGAGUAACUUGAUUAGACUACGGUUUUUAUGUGGUAUAGUACAUCUGGUGCUUUUGUUAGUAAUACUAAUCUGGAAACGGGAAGAAAUAGCAAAGAAAAUAGUACCUGUGCACUUGCUUGAUUUCAAUAAUGGACUGAAAACAAAAUCUCUUGAAGACAUUCUUGCUGCAGAAAUUGAAAAAUUAACAAUUUUCUUAGGUAGCAGCAUAGCUUUAAUUGUUGCUGAGCUUUGUUUAUUUCUUGGAGGACUAUCAAUGUUCACAAAUUGGCAGUGUCAGCUUUCAAUAUUAUGUCACUUCACUGGAGCAUGUGCCUUAUACUAUAUAUUGCUUAAAAGAUGGGAAGAAGAAGUUUUCAUUGUUGUUUUUACACUUUGUAUUGUUUUACCUGCAGUGACUGAAGUUUUUAAUUUAUUUCGGUACUGCGUAAGAAAUAUGUAAAUUGAUUUAGAUUGAUGAAUAUGAAAUGCUGACUUUUCAUGCUUAGCAUCUCACUCAUUAUGUGUUUUUAUUUACUAAACAUUUUAAAAAAUCAUGCUUUGUUAUAAAUGUCAGUUUCUCAACUGUGAAAAUGCUUUUGUAUAUAGAAAUAUGUAAUUUAAUUAUAUAUUCUGUAUAUAGAAAUCUCUAAUAAUUUUGUAUGUGGAGUUAUAGCCAUUUUGAAAUAUCCCAACUGCACUGUGAUGCCAUAAUUAUUUAUAAGAAAUUAUUCUUUUGCUUGCAUCAAAUAUGUAAAUUUGACUGGAUUAAAAUAAAAUUUCACUUUUUUUUAUGA